GCCGCGCGCUGACAGGAGCGCGGGGGGGAGUGAGAGACGCCGCCUGGCGGGAGCUGGCGGCGGCCCAGGCGGGAGCCGGAGGGGCGGAGGGAAACGGGGUGCAGGGGCGAGGCGGCGACAGGCAGGUCUCUGCCUCUUUCGGUGCGGAGGAGGUUUGCGGGCGCCGUGCGGAGGACGGCGUGGAGGCGCGGCCUGCCUCCCUCCACAGCCAGCGGCGCGCCCGCUCGGCCGACCCGCGGGGAACUGGGGCCCGGCGAGCUCGCUGCGCACGCUUCCUGGGAGUUACUGAUUAUCUUUGAAGAAUCAUGAAGUCACCCUCUGUUGUUAUGCUUACUCUCACCAUCCUGGUGUUCCUGACAUGGGUCCCUAUGUCACUGAGUUGUAACAAAGCGCUCUGUGCCAGUGAUGUGAGCAAAUGCCUCAUUCAGGAGCUCUGCCAGUGCCGCCCUGGAGAAGGAAACUGCUCCUGCUGUAAGGAGUGCAUGCUGUGUCUUGGGACCCUCUGGGAUGAGUGCUGUGACUGUGUUGGCAUGUGUAAUCCUCGAAACUAUAGCGACACGCCACCAACCUCGAAGAGCACAGUGGAGGAGCUUCACGAGCCCAUCCCUUCCCUUUUCCGCGCACUCACGGAAGGAGACACCCAGCUGAACUGGAACAUCGUCUCCUUCCCUGUUGCAGAAGAGCUCUCACAUCAUGAGAACCUGGUUUCAUUUUUGGAAACCGUGAACCAACCCCACCACCAAAACGUGUCUGUUCCCAGUAACAACGUUCAUGCUCCGUAUUCUAGUGACAAAGAACACAUGUGUACUGUGGUUUACUUUGAUGACUGCAUGUCCAUACAUCAGUGUAAAAUAUCCUGCGAGUCCAUGGGUGCUUCCAAGUAUCGCUGGUUCCAUAAUGCCUGCUGCGAGUGCAUCGGUCCAGAGUGUAUCGACUAUGGUAGCAAAACUGUCAAAUGUAUGAACUGCAUGUUUUAAGGAAGGAGAAGAUGUAUAGACAGAAGCAGUUUCGUCAGAGGUAUGAUAUGGAAAGCUAUUCAGCAAUGUCUACUGGUUGCAUCCAAAUGCAGCAGGUUGAGAAGAUGUAAAGAGUUUGGACUGAGUUACUUUUAAAGUCUGACAAAUCGAGGAUUGUGCUGACUUCCAAUUCUAAUUGCUCUUCCUGCCUGCUGCUGGUGGGAGCCCUUUCUUCUAAACACCUGCAGCCUUGGUCAUGUGAGGAGCAAGUGCACAGAGAAUGCCUGCAGAGAGGAGAGGCUUCUAACCCAAAGCCUCCUGUCAUCUUCUGCCACAUUCCAGAAGCCUCUUGUGUCAAAGGUUUAGAGCAUUUUAAUGAGUUAUGAUUUCUUCACUGUACUACUCCUGGGACACUGAGUUUUUAGAGUUGUUUGCCAUUUUCCACUGUGCCUGGUAUUAUUUAUCCAUUCUGUGCGUAUGAUAGAUAUUCAUAUAGAUCAUUCUGAGAUCUCACCAAAAGAUCACCAUAAAAGUUUAAUUUGAAACCUCUUUACAGCGGUUUUUGAAGAUAAACGCUUACUGUAUUUUACAAUGUAGAACUCUCUGGAGCACUCAGUCCUGCACUCCACAUACGACAAAGCUCUAGGGAGAGCCUCUCCUCCUCUAGCCCAGGCCCAGAGUGCUGGUGUGGGUCGUAUGAAGCAUCUUUACAAGAAUUGCCUGGCACACCUGAGGCUUUGUGAAGAGCACGGCUCGGUAAGAGGAAGGGAGAGCUUUUUCUGACGUAAGGGGCCAGCGUAAAGAGCUCCAGGAGUGGGAAACCGCUGCCACCUGGACUCCAGGGACACGGCGCCCCUUGUAUGGAGAUGGCAGCGCUGUGCUCGCUGGACGGGGGAGUGAGCCCGCUCAGGCUUAGCGCCACGUCCUCCAGUGGACGGGUGGUCAGAGGGGACAGGGCAGAGAAUCCAGGUAUGAAAGGGGAGGGUUGAAAAUGGGGAUUCUAAUAGAAAAACUUAAAACUAUUUACAUUCAUUAUUUUGUUAUUUUGUAACCUUUCCUUUAGGUUUGUAUCUGAAUCAAGUGUUCUCCUUAAACAAAGGAAAUCACACAGUAGGAGGUUAAGAUUAUGAACUGCUUCCUGCUCCCCCUACCCCCAGAUAAUUCUGUUCAAGAUGACAUUAACUCUAAAUACACUACAGAACAUUGUGUCAAUGAAGAUAAGCUUAAAUAGUAUGUGCCCUUCUUGGUAGUAAAAUCUUGGUCUUCAAGGGUGAAACUGAAACAUACAUGUUUAUGUCCAGAGACUCUUAGCUUUACAAAAUUAUUAAUUUCUCAAAUAGUAUAUAUUUGAAUUAUAAAUAACUUUCUAGGAAUACCUCUUUGUAUAUCUAAAUAUUUUAGUAUAUAAAAAUAGAUAAUGCUUUUUGUAUUCAUUAUCUGAACAGUAGUUACAAGAUCACAUGUGAUAUUAUGAUUAACUUUCAUAAAAUAUUAAGACUUGAUACCUUUUCUCUCAGAUAACUCUAAUGAACACUCAAGGUACUUUAGCCUUUUAAAAAGUUGGAAUUUAGCUCAUGGAUGUAUUUUUCAGAUGAGAAAACAUUGGGAUGUCUUCUUACUUUUACCUAGAAUGCCUCUGUUUACAAGUGCCUUGAAAACAAACAUUAGCUCCCUUUCUUCACUAAUAACUAUAAAACCGAAGGUUUUCUUGAACUUAAGAGAGAAAAUUUUAAAGAUAUCUGCAGCCAGCUGCUUCAUUUCCACUUUACUGUUUUUCAGAGUCAUUUAUACCUAGGAAUAGAGGAAUGUUUUUGUGUUUAUUGACAACAUGCUUAAUUUUCCAUAAAUAUGUCAGCAAGCUUUUUUUUUUAACUGCAUUUAUCUUCCUUUUUUGGUGUUCAUUAUUAAACUCUAAAAUAUAAUAUCACUUAUUGGAAGAAUAAUUUCUUGAACCAUGUUGUGUUUUAACUGAUUUUUCUUAUCACUGUUUCUCCCAAUAGAAAUUAUCCCUAAAUAUAAUGGUAAGUUUUACAUUCAAAUUUACUUAACUUUUUGACUUAUGAAGGAGUUAAAGCAUUCACCUAAACAAUUCCAUUUCCAGUUCUAUAAUGUAUUUCAGGUUUUGAAUAAUAGUUUUCCAAAUUAAAAGUAUAGCAUUUGGGAAACUGAUAGCUCUACUAUAAUUUAUACCAUCUAUUAUCAUUCUAAGCACAAUUCACUUCUAUAUUAAAGCUCUGGUUUAAAAAAAAAAUCAAAAGUCAUUUUGUGACCUUUUUUAUAACUAGAUCCAAAAAAAUUAAAUCUUAAACCAGUAGGUGUUCUAAAAGUCAUAUAUAAAAGUUUCUGUCCUUUAGUAAGACAUGUCUGUGCUUUUCUGCCCCCCCAUAACAUCUAAUUAUUACUAAGACUGUGCUCACAACAGUAGUACCAAAUCAAAUGAUAAUCCAAGUGCAGUAAGAUACAUAGAUGCUAUAAAAGAGAGUCAUUCAUUUAGAAAUAUGAUUUCUAAAGUUUCAGAAAGCAAACUCGAUAAAAUGUUAGGAUAUUUGAAUAACUUUAUUAAUAGAAUAGCAUCACAAUAGAGAAAAGAAGCCAAGACUUCUGGAAAAUGAGGUAAAUAUAAAAAGCCACAUAUUUAAAGUUUGUUUUUAAUGAAAUCUUCAUUGAAGAUUUUUAAAAUCUAUUCUGCUUUCCCAAGAGUUUAUGUUUAUUGUAUUUUACAUGAUCUAUGACAUAUAAAAUUAUGUAUUUUUUCCUUUGGUUGUCCCUAUGAACAAAAAAGUAUUUUAAUAAAAAAUUGAAAUGAG